AUGGCCCCUUACCUGAAAGAAGAAACCCCCGAGGGUCAACAGCCGAACCACUCGCCAGCGCCAGCAGCAGAGGCGCCGGUGUACAACAUCCCCCAACACCUGACAUGGAACGACCCUCAGAACCGGAAACUGCGAGUCUUGACUAUUGGCGCCGGUAUUUCUGGUAUUUUGAUGGCAUAUCGUAUCCGGAAAGACUGCCAGAACGUGGAACAUGUCAUCUAUGAGAAGAACCGAGACAUUGGAGGAACAUGGCUCACCAACAAGUACCCACGUGCCGGCUGUGAUGUUCCAAGUCAUGCGUAUACGUACCAAUUUGCAUUGUACCCGGACUGGCCGCGAUAUUUUGCCUUUUCCGAUGAUUUGUGGAAAUAUCUCGACACGGUCUGCAAGACUUUUGAUCUCCGUAAAUACAUGUCCUUUCACACCGAGGUCAUAGGCUGCUACUGGCGUGAGGAGGAGGGAAUCUGGACCCACUCCAAAGGUAAGACGGCUCCAUCUUUGUUACGUCGGGUUAGAGAGGAAAUUAACCAAGUAGGAAUGCAGUGGCCCGAUGUCCCCGGUCUGACAGAGACAUUCAAAGGACGAGUAGUCCACACCGCACAGUGGCCCGAGGACUACCAGCAGGACAAAUGGGCAAAUGAACGCGUUGCUGUCAUCGGCUCCGGCGCAUCAUCGGUUCAAACAGUUCCUGGGAUGCAGCCUUACACAAAGCACCUCGACGUUUUUGUCCGGACGGGUAUCUGGUUUGGAGUCCUGGCCGGCAACUCGGGCACGCCAUCCAAGAUCUACACGCAGCAGGAGCGUGACGAGUUCAGACGGAACCCCGGCCAUCUUGUUUCCCAUGCCAAGGCUAUCGAGAGCGAAGUGAAUGGCACCUGGGGCGCUUUCUACAGUGGUUCCAUGGCGCAGAAGGGGGCGUCUGGCUUUUUCCGCAAGCGUAUGGGGGAAAUUAUCAAGGAUCAACGUUUGCUGCAGGGUUUCACCCCCACGUUUGGCUUUGGGUGCCGAAGGAUCACGCCUGGUGAUCCUUACAUGGAAGCCAUCCAGAAAGAUAAUGUCGAUGUACACUUUACCGCUGUGGUCAGCUGUACAGAAGACGGUGUGGUGGGGGCCGAUGGCGUUGAGCGCAAGGUUGACACGGUUGUCUGUGCCACUGGCUACGACAAUACAUAUCGGCCUCUGUUCCCGGUUGUAGGCAAGAAUGGCGUUGACCUGAAGGACAAGUGGGCAACUGCUCCCGAAUCCUAUCUUGGGCUGGCGGUACCCGACAUGCCCAACUUCAUGACCUUCAUCGGACCAACUUGGCCUAUCCAAAACGGGAGCGUCAUGGCGCCAUUGCAUUCCGUGUCAGACUACGCGAUCAGGCUGAUCAAGAAGACGCAGAAUGAGAACCUUCGCAGCUGGGUACCGAGGCAAGAUAUCACUGACAGCUUUAACGAGCAUGUUCAGGAGUGGGUGAAACACACCGUGUGGGCGGAUGAAUGUCGCAGCUGGUACAAGAACAACGAAACUGGCCGUGUCAACGCCAUCUGGCCCGGAUCUUCGCUCCAUUACCAGCAAGUCAUUGAGCAACCUCGCUAUGAGGACUUUGAGUUCCAGUACAUGGACAAGAACCCCUGGGCACACCUGGGUAUGGGCUGGACGAUGCAGGACAGACAGGGACCGAAAAACGGUGCAGACGUCGCUCCGCAUUUGAGCCUCGAGAAUAUCGAUCCGGAAUGGUUGAAGGCCAAUGGAAUCGGCAACAGCUCAAAGGCGGUUCAGCCGGAGGAGAAAAGUCAGGGGAGCCCCAUGAGUUGGAGUUUGUUGAGCAGCUUUCGAGGUAUCCAUAGUGUGUAA